AUGCUAUCAAACCCUCACUUAAGCAACUAUAUAAGGUUUUUCUAGAUUAUCUCAGACAUGGAACAGGAAUGUCUGAUUACAUAGAAAGAGAAGCACCAAUUAAAGGUGAAUCUAACUCUCAAGGACAUGCAAUUGGUUAACAUGAUUGCUCUCAAUACAGAUGCCGAUGACGAAGAGUUCAAAUACAGUAUAAUCAACAUUUUGAGGAAGCAAAACCAAUCUCCUCGUCAAAGGUAGGGGUAGAAGAUCAGAUGCAAAUCAACUGGGAUAGAAAUGAGUCCGAUACGUUUGAUUAGACGAAAUUCAGUUAGCAAAGAAGCCAAAGUAACAGAGGAACAAUUGAUCCAACAAAUAGAUGAUUUGAAUGAAUCACUUGUAACGAUUCUAUAGAACGAAAACAAAAGCAUACUUACACCGAUUGUAACUGAAAAAUUGAAGAGCAUCUUGGAAGUAAUACAAAAGACAACCAUUUCAUCACCUUCUACAACUACUACCAAAAUCUUUUAAUCUGAUGAAAUAGAGAAUUGUAAAAUCGUGGAUAAAUUUACUUCACUCUAUACAGAUAUGAAGAAACAUUACACUGAUUAUUUGAACUGUCAUCUCUUAUUAAUGGAUAAUAAUCUAUCCUAUGAGAUUCUAGUACAAAGUGUCAAAAAUUUCGUUAAAAAAUUAAUAGAUGCUGACUAAAUCACUUAUUUACACAUACGAGAAGAUCAAUCACAACAAACAUACUACUCUGCUGAUGACUCAUAUCUCAUAACAAACGACAAGUAGAUCUACAAUGAAACCUAAUUGAUUCAACCUAAUAAAGUGCUACUCCUAGAUGAGUGCAACUUCUACCCUGCUUUGAGUGAACAAUUCAAGAUUAAACUGUACAAACGGAAUUAUUUGAUCAAAUUAAAUAAUCAGGAUGUUUUUGUCUGUUUCCACAUUAGUGAUCAAACAUCCAUCAUCAGUGAGUUCCUUGCUUUGGCUGACGAAUUCGAUAUCUUCGAGGAUCUCAAUUAAUUGUCUUCCUUCUUGAUUGACACCAUCAAACAAGCCAAGGUCCAAAUAUUUAAUCCACUUCAACUUUCGCACAUGAUCUAAGGCAUCGGCAUCGCUUUCAUCAGAAGUUCUAAGUACUUAUUCAUCAAGAAGUGUAUCCAUAUCUUGCAAUCCAAGUAUUAGGUUGAAAUUCACAUCAAUUCUGGAGAUGGCAUGUCAGUGAUCAGUAGUCCCAGUUUCUUUUAUGGCACUUAGAAAUAAGUGGAUUUCGAAUUCAAGGAUGAAUUGAAUGUAUCAAUUACAAUAAAUGGCAUGGAUCUAAAUAAGAAGGCUGACCUCAUGAUUUACAAGUAGCUGACUCAGAGUUUUAACAAGUAUCUAAAAUUCAUCAGACAAUGUUAUGAUCGAACAACCUUUUAUAAGUUCUUCGUGAAAUCAUAAGAGACUCUCAUUUUCGAAUUCGAUAAGUUAGGCAGAUUGAUAUUCUUGUCUCGUCCCAUCCCUUCAGAUAUAAAGAAGGAAUUCAACAUUGAUUUCGAUCCCAAGAAAAACAAAGUGACCUACUCCCAACUGUUUUAAAACGAGGAGUUGCUCAAUUACAUUGAAAAUUUCCUGCAAGAACACAAUGUCCUCAGAGACAGUGAUCAACAGUAUCAGGUGUUCAUGAAGAUGGAAGAACGCAACUUUAAAGGAUUCUUUAUCAUCUUUCAGCAAGGUUGGCUUAAAUACGAUCAGAAGAAAUUCAAUCUCAAUGACCCUUCAUUGUAGAAGGAACUGCAGAAAUAAAUUAUCCAGCAAGAGACCAUGAGAUUCAUUGAUAAACUAGAAUAAAACAAUCCUUAGAUUUUGAAUUCGGUUGUCCAGAUGUUCAAGCCGAGAUCCACACAAAGACAAACUGUGCAUUACAGGAAUUCCAUUCUGUAAUUUGAACCUGCUAAACUUGGAGUUCAACACCAAUUCUCAUUGCGAAUGGAGGAUUUAAAUACUUAAUGUACAGUUCCUAAUAUUGAUAAUUUCAACUUCAAUGUUUUGGCAGUGGAUGAAAUGGUGUAAAAAUAAUUGGCUGUGGUGGAAAUACUGAAGUAUCACAACCUAAUCAAAGAGUAUGAUAUACCUUUAGAUACACUCUGUCAAUUCCUCAGCGAAGUGGAGUAUAAGUAUAAUAAGAAGAAGAAUGUGUUCCACAACUACGAUCACGGCGUCUCAGUGAUGCAGAAUGUUCAUGCUAUCCUCCUGUAGUUGCACUAGACGAGCAAUGCUGCCAUCAUAUCAACCUUCAAUCAAUUUGCUUUAUUGUUAUCUGGAUUGUGCCACGAUGUGUCUCACACAGGCAGAACUAACACCUUUGAAAUCAACAGUCUAUCUAAUUUGGCUAUAAGAUAUCAUGACAGGAGUGUUUUAGAAUAGCAUCAUGCAGCUAAGUCGCUUAAGUUGCUUUGUGUGCCAGCCACAAAUAUAUUAUAGAGUUUCAAAGGGGAAGAGUUCCGUAAAUUCAGGAGGAUGUUCAUCUCCAAUAUUUUGUAUACAGAUAUCACAGAACACUUUAAUUUGAUUAAGAAUUUUGAGUCAAAAGUCUCAGAAUCCAAUUUCGGAUAGCAGGAUGAGGACAUCAAAUUGUUGAGUGGCAUGAUUAUUCAUACAUCAGAUUUCACCGGAGGAGCCAAACAAUUCGAGUUGUCCAAGCAAUGGUCAUUCAAAGUGAACAAAGAAUUUGAAUAGCAGUAUGAAUUGGAAGGGAAAUUGGGAUAUCCGCAAUUGCCAUACAUGAAAGAUUUGUAAAAGUUACCUGUGAUGGCUAAAUAAGAGGCUGGGUUUUUUAAGUUUAUUGUGAGACCAUUGUGGCAAUCGAUGUCCAAAUAUUUGGAUAAUAGACUUUAGGAGCAGGUUGAUUAUCUUGACGAGACAAUAUAGAAGUGGGAAUAAAUUGCUAAUUCUGAAUGA